UACCUAAAAUAAAGAGUGGAGAGAAGGCCGCGGACAGAGGAGAGGCUACUACAAAUUGCACAGCAGUAUCAGAAAACCCUAUUCCUCUUUAUUCAUAAUUCUUCUUGUUGGUCCUCAACAUGGUUAAAGGAAAGGAGCAAACCACAAGUAGUACUGCAACAGAGAUGAAGGCAAUGCACAAGCAAAUCCAGAAAAGCAAAUCGGAGGAGGAGAAUAUGAAGGGGAGCAAAAACACUUUGACCGCAAGCGGACCUAAUGAGAAGCGAGCAGAAGGUCUCUGUUUAUUUUGUUAUGAUAAGAAGUUUGGUCAUGGUGGCAAAUGCAGUACAAAGGAGCAAGUUUCUACCGUCGAAGUUAAGUAUGAAGAUAAGUAUGUUGUCGACGUUCCGGCUGUAGAUGUUGGGACUCCAUACAUGGCUAUAUCAUUGGAUGCUGUAGUAGAAUAUUCUGAGCCAUAUAAAGGUCCCAAUGGCUGUGUGACUGGGUACCAUGGGAAGCAACCCUUGAGUAUCCUAAUCGGCAUAGGGGGAACUACGCACAAUUUUAUUGAUGAAACCUUAGCUGAUAAGCUAGGUUGUGAAACAUUUCCAAUCAAUCCCCGAACUGUUAGCUAUGCAAUUGGGACAAGGGUGACAUCCAGAGCAUGCAAAAACUUUCAGUUGACACUGCAAGGCACCGUGUUUAGUCUGGAUUUGUAUCUACUGCCAAUGUCGUCAAAUUGUGACAUGGUAUUUGGAGGUCAAUGGGAAAGGAUGCUUGACAGAUAUACUUAUGGCCGUAAGGGUGUGGAGUUUUACGUCCAAGGUAGGAAACAUGUUUUGCCUUUCAACAAAUUAGGUGAUGAAAUCAGCAAGCCCUGAUAGUCUUGACAAAUUGGAUGGAAGUACUGACGCCUCAAAUUUCAGAAUGUUUUAUCUUUUUCCUAAAGGGGGCUUUUUAGGCUUGAUCAUCUCUCCCUACC